AUGGAGGCUGUGAGAAGACCAGCAAUGACUUAUUCAUUCUGUCCUGAAAAUGCCACCAAUUGUAUCGACACAAGUUGCCUGAUGCCAAUUGACGACUUUAACAAGUCUAUGAGCUUAAUUUUAAGUUCUGUGCUGACAAUCCUCUUGGCUUUGGUUAUGUUUUCGAUGGGCUGCACUGUUGAAGCGAUGAAACUCUGGGGCCAUAUUAAGAGACCGUGGGGUAUAUGUGUGGGCUUCCUUUGUCAGUUUGGUAUAAUGCCCCUCACAGCCUUUGCACUAUCGACAGCCUUCAACAUUCACCCUAUUCAAGCAGUUGCUGUGUUGAUAAUGGGAUGCUGUCCUGGCGGAACAGGUUCAAACAUUAUGUCCUACUGGAUGGAUGGAGACAUGGAUUUAAGCAUAAGCAUGACCACAUGCUCCACAGUGCUGGGGAUGGGAAUGAUGCCUCUUUGCCUCUUCCUUUACACGAGAACUUGGGUAGACUCGGAUAUCAUCCAGAUCCCUUAUGACAGCAUAGGUAUUACCCUGGCAAGUCUCCUAAUCCCUGUUGCUGUUGGAAUUUAUGUGAACUACAAGUGGCCAAAAAAGGCCAAAAUAAUAUUGAAGAUUGGUUCCAUUACUGGCGCAAUACUCAUAGUCGGCAUAGCUGUUACUGGUGCCUUGCUGUACAAAGGAUCCUGGGCAACAUCUUCUUCUUUGUGGAUCAUUGGAACGGUCUUUCCAGCUAUUGGUUAUUCCCUAGGAUUUGUUUUGGCUCGAGUUGCUGGUCUGCCUUGGUUUAGAUGUCGUACUGUAGCUUUGGAAACCGGUGCGCAGAAUACUCAGCUCUGCACAACCAUAGUCCAGCUCUCUUUUACACCCGAUCAGCUUGUACUCAUGUUCACCUUUCCACUUAUCUACAGUGUGUUUCAAAUAUCGUUUGCAGUUAUAAUGGUUGGAGCUUAUCAAUUCUACAAGUGGUAUGGCAGGAGAUCUAGAGGUGACUCUGAUGGACAAGAUAAAGAUGAAGAAAGCACAGUCACGUCCUCUGCUUUUACAAACGGAGGAUUUCAAACAGAUGAAAAAAUACCCAUUGGGGCCUCCCACAUAGAAGAUAAAUUUAAAAAUGGCUUCUUGAAGAGAGGGCUCCCUGCAGAAGAAAAGUCACCAAGAGAAGUCUUGGACACAGGUACCAACCUGUAGGGAUUUUGCUUGAUGUGUACAUUUGAUAACACACUUAUUGCCAUGGUCAUUACAGAUACUAAU